CAUGGCAACUACAAUCCAUUGUUUUUUCGGCUUUGUGACUUCUCAAAGUCAAAGUCGAAGUGUUUUCCGGAAUUUUUGUUCAUUUCGAAAAGAUCUCUUGAUUCAGGAGAGACACCUUUUGUCUUGAAGGAUUCACAAAAAGCAGACACCGUGGAGAAUUCAGGGUAUGCUCGUGUUGAAAUUUAAUAGUUGUGACUUGGUUUCCAUGUUGUCAAUUCCUUAACUUGCUAACAACGAACUAAAAUGAGUGGAAACGAAGAGAAAGAUCAUAGGGAUUUAGCUCCAACAGAAGAGCAAAUUGCACGCGCAGAUUCCAGUGCUUCCUCAGUAAUAAGCAGAACCAGCACUCCAGAGCAUUUAGAAGACGAUGUUUUCAACAUGGAUAAACAAGAACCGCAGUUGGACGCCGAACAACUUUCAGCUGAUGUCGCUGCUAGAGGAAUUGUUAAUCCAAAUAAGUUUUCAGGUGAUGUUCCCCAAUCAGGGAUACGCGGUAUGUUAAUAGCUGCUUGUGAUAUCCCCUCAAAUGCUUUCAACAAGAGUCAAGAAGAAAAUGGGAAAGAUUCUGAUCCCGAACUUCAAGAGGAACUCUCGCGAGAAAAGCAUGUAUCUUCGGGGACAGAAGAACUUCAGCCUGCCCCCCAGGCAGUUUCUAUGUAUAACAAAGACUCUUCUCAAAGUAGACCAUCAUCUGCAAGUUCAUUGUCUUCCUUAGCAACAGGAAUUAAUAAGAGAGAGGUCUCUUUUCAAAAUGCCGAUGAGGAUGAGGGACUUUUAAAAGAAAGAAGUUUUACUCAUACUGAAAAUAGAAUAGAAGUGAUUUCAAUUUGUACGCAGACUGAAUGGAGUUGGUUAAAAGACAUGGAAUUGUAUCAGGAAACCAGAAAUAGAUCAAAGUCUGAAUGGGCUGAAAGACCAGAGAGGAAAAUGUCUAAAGAUGUUUCAAAGUCCCCUUCAGCAAACAGUCAUGUUUCAGUCAAAAGAAGGAGGAAAAAGUCAGUACAUGCAACAAGGAGAACCUCCACAAGUAGUGACAAAUCACAAAUGGCAAAAGAUGAGGAAAAUGAAAUCUUAUACUGCUGUCCUCAGUAUGAACGCUUCGUUAAGUUUGAACUUGCGCAGAGGAGCGACGCGGCUCAUUUAGCGGACGAGAUGAUUGACAUCAAGCCCCACCCACCAUACGGGACCAAAGCUGCGAGACGUGCAGCGAAGGAAAGAGCCGCGGAGCGUGCGCGGGAACGCGAGAUGGAGAGGCAACGUGCAGCUGGUGCUAACCCAACAAACUUCUAUGCAUUAACACGUCAGAUGAAGACCAUUACAUAUUCUUUGGCCUCUACAAAGUGUAUGGAGGAAGGUUGGACGGUUCGACCGCCAUCGCCGUCACUCUCGGAUAACGAACAAAUACAAGAUCCGUUUGUCAUCGAAGUGAAUCCUCUUCAACUCAGGAAGCAGACAUUUCUGGAGAGAUUUUACGAGAACAAAAAAAGAUUUCUUCUGCUUCUCCCGGAUGGCACUGGAACUUGCUUUUAUCCUAGCGGUAACAUUGCGGUAAUGAUAACUGCUGCUGAAAAAGGAAAAUUUACGUACAUCGUAUUCGAUGACGAAGAAGAAAACGAAUCAAAUCCAUCACACAUGUUGGGAAUAUUUGAGCCCUCUGGACAUGGAACUUGUUACUUCAGAAACGGAUCAAUCAGACUUGUGCUCAAUCCAUUUUUCGGAGUUCUUUUGGACAAAAACGGAACUCAGAAGAAGAAAUGGCUGUGGCAUAACACGAAAGAACAUGUGCAUGCUCCACCUUUUCAACCAAUCACUUUUCUGAUCACCAAACAGCUGUCAAUCAGAUGUCUUUCACAGAAUAAAGUUGUUCUUACCUUCAAUUAUGGGAAACAUACAGCUCGCUUUAAUGUUGGAGUAAAACUUAAGGCUGUUGCUAAAGCGAAGCCUCCUACGAGUAGAGAUAGAUACGAGAUGCACCUGGCUGAAGUCAAACAGUUUGUAAACAUUGUUUUAGAUCGCGCCCAGAAUGCCAUCCGUCUUCCCAACUACCCUCGACUUGACAAGAUACCUCUGCCGCCUCACCUGCAGAAAGCAAGGGAUGCUGGGAGAAAGGCGCGAUUACUAGCUUCCACUCCCAGUAGUCAACGGGAGACGACUGUUAUUGUGAACUAGCUAUCAGUCAUUCUCACAACGGACGUAGACAGGAAAAAGUUCCAGUCCCCCUCCUAACAUCUUGACGUGGACCAGUUGUGGCAAUCACUUGUUCAUAUGCCGAAAUGUCUCUCUCAAUUUACUCAAAAAUGGACUCUUUCUUUGUUUUCUCCAUUGUUCUUCUAUUUUUAAGUUAAUCUUAUUCCCAGGU